UGUAGUCUUUGAUAAGGACAUAAAUCCUUUAAUUAUGUGUUUUCUCAUGGUUUCUGACAGGCCAGCAGGCAGUGAAGCCUGGACAAAAUGUCUCCCUGCAGUGUCUGGGCCCAGAAGGUGCCGAUGUCAUCAUGGUGUCGUGGAGAAGAACGGAUCUGCAGCCUGUUCGCUACCUGCUCUUCUACAGAGAAAACCGCUUCUACGAACACUACCAGCAUGAGUCUUUCAGAGGACGGGUGGAGGUGAUUGGGUCGUGCAUGAAGGACGGAGACUUCUCUGUGAUUCUGAAGAACGUGAGCAUCGAGGAUUCAGGAACAUACGAGUGUCUGAUCACAACCAUGAACCCAGAAGGAGGGGACUCUGAGCUGAGACGCUCCAUCAACCUCACAGUCUCAGAUGAUGACCAGUCUGAGGAGGACGGAGACGAGCAGGAACACCCCUGGAGUCGAGGACAAGAGGAAAACCCUACAGCCGUAAAAAUUAUCCUGGGCGUGUCCGUCUCUGUUCUUAUUUUAUUUUAUGUCAUCUUCUUCAUAAACAUUUAUGUGAUGAAUCAUAGAAGACCAGAGGGCUGUUUCACCAAAGCAGAAUAUAGAAAUCCAGGAUAAGAGAUAAAGCCAGGCUUGACUCAUCAGAGCAUCCUGGCUUUGUCCGUUUCAUGAAGACUGAGAAGGUGUGACCAUGCUAGGUUUAAAUAGUUCAGGUAAAUAUCCUCUCCCAGCUUUUUUUCAGGAGACCCUGACGUUGAUCACAGAUUCUCUGAUAAACUUUAAAACUUUAAACCAAACGAGCAAAAUCUUUUGAUGGAGGCUGAAGAGGAACAUCAUCCCCAAGAAAGGAAACGGAUGUGAUUGGAGCUACUUAGGUGGCAAACAGGUGUUACACUAAUUUUCACAAGCUAUCAGAUUCUCUGACUCUAGAGGGCGCUGUUGAACUGACGCCGCUAUAACUUUUGACAGAAAAGCAGCGGAGACAUGAAACUUUCAGCAGACAGUCUUUGCAAAGCAAUGUUCACCUCAUCAGAUUUUGAUGGUGCCAUUAAUUUAAUAACAGCUCCUAGCUCCUGUUCCAUGACCUUUCAUGGGGUCAACGGUAAGAACUCUAUUGUGGGAAGUAAAGCAGCUUUAGACUGCUGUGCCGAAACAACAGAAACCCACUUGGAUGAUCAGGGUCAAAAUCAUUAAUAUCUGUGAGACGGGCUGUGCUGAUGCGUCAUGUCAUGCAAAGGAUUCUGGGAUUCCUUCUUUGCAUCGGUAAAGGACAUUAAAAGGUUCCUAUACUAAAGGAGCUGAGAGGAAGCAUCCAGGCUCCUUUUCCUACCUCCUUUCUUACAGACAGCACUGAUCAUGGCGACAGAUAAAGCACUUCCGCUUUGGCUAAACGGUCCUUGACCAAAAGGCGUUUUUGGAUUUAUUCUGAGUCUUUGUACUUGAGGGGCACUCAGUUUGUUCUGGAGAAGCCAGUGAAGCUAGAGUCACAGAAUCUGAUGGAUCAUGGGAAAUGUUGUAACUCUGAACAUUAUUGAGUACACCUCUCCUUUUUUUUUAAUCUAAUUCCCUCAACACAUGCAAUACUCUAUAAAGGCCUCUCUGUCAUACUUAGAACAACUGCAGUCUUCAAAAACACAAUCAAACAGUAACAAUGCCCACAUGGAUAAUAAUAAAGUCAAUGAUGGUACUGGCUACUAUCAUAAUGUUAAAAAUGUAGUGGACGAUUUUUCCAGAAAUGUAGGUAGGAAAUGCCCAAGUCCCUUUUUUGAAUAACU